CGCCGGAACAACAUAGUGAAGUGUAUAAGUGAAGUUUUAGCCCAAAUAAUACCCGGGGAUCAGCGGCUGCUUGCUCGUUGCUAGUCACAAAGUGACAGAUACUACGGUUGAAACAAAGUAAAAGACAGAAGACAUCUUGUGAGCCAGGUAUGGAAAAUACAGAGGAAUCUUAUGAAAGUGUAGAUGUGGCGCAACAAACUGAUGACAUUGUUAAUCUUGAACUAAACCAAGAACCAGGUUCUUGUGAUGAAGAAUUUGCUCAUACUGAACAAAUGGUACAAGAACAAGAUCAGCAACCCAUAUUUCCAGAAGAGAAUGAUCCAAGUAUACAUCUAGAGGCAUCUGAUGAGGUGGAGGCUCCAUCAGUUUUGCCCAAACAACCAGACAAAGAUCAAGAAGCCCAACAUCAUGAUGUUGAAUUACCUGACACAACACUUGAUAGACCAUCAAGUACACAUGAACAAAAACAAUCAAGUUUAACAUUGGAAGAUCUACAUACAAUGGAACAAAGUACAGUAGAUGAUUUGACUGAACAAACAGAACCUCAGAACCAGCAGGAAUCAAGCACUGAACUUCAACAAAGCACAGACCAGGAGCUCCAGGAAACAGAGGGAAGUAAAACAACACCUCCAACCUUAGUGCAAGGUGCACAACUAUUUGCUAAUGAACAAAAUGCAAAUUACAAAAAUGUUGUGUUAAAUGACAGUGGAUUAGAAAAGACUGUAAACCCGGAUAUUUCCAAAGCUACAGCAACAGUUAAAGUCAUGCUUGUUCCUGAUGGUCAGGUAGUCACGUUGGCAUUUUCAAUUGGCUAUACUGUUGAAGAGCUUAAAAAAUAUUUUGCACCUCAGCUGAAAGUACCAGAAGCAGUUAUCUGCAUCAUGUUUGAAGGACGAGUGGUUGAAGACCGGGAGACCUUGGUAGAUCUUGGAGUCACACCCCAUGGGACUAUUCAAUUGGAGAUGUUGUCUCAGGACCCUGAGAACUAUCCUAUCAAAGCAAUGAAGCUUCAGCAUGAAUACAGCCUACCCGAUGUCAUAACUGUCAGAGUACAGACAGAUAAAGAAACUUUUCAAGAUCUUGUUGUGGAAAUUGAGAGAUUAAACUACCGUAAACCCUAUUUGGGUGGAUACCGGAAUAAAAUUACAGGACAUAUAUUUCAUCAUGCUGGCACCCAAACUGUUCCGAAAAAGAGACCUGAACGAGGAGUUGAAGUCUACUGUAGGGAUACACAGACUGUGGCUCAAAAGAAUAAGAUUCAGCAGUCUCGUAAUGAUAUGGCUACACAGAUGACAAAGCCUGGGUGUUAUGUGUCAAAUGAAAGUGAUAAAUUACUGGAACCAAAAACAUAUGUGACAGCUGAGGAAUUCCAUGCGGCAAGACUUAAUGCAGUGAUAGUGAUUCAGACGUACUUCCGGCGAUUCCGUGCCAAAAGACUGGUGGAGUCACUGAAGGAAGAGAAACGUCUGAAGCUGGAAUGGGAGGAGAAGGAGGAAUUAAGGAAAAAAGAAGAACGUGAAGAUCGACUGAGAAAAGAUUAUGAACGCCGAAUGAAUCCGAAAACAAAAGAAGAUUUUGAACUUCUCUAUCAUGCACUAGAAGCAUGGAGGAAAGAACAACUUGAGAACAUAAAUCAAACAUACAUUGGUGCUGAGCGGAAAGCGGCCCUGUGUGCGCUUCUAGAACAGGAAACCCAGCUAAUAGCCUCUAUUGGAAGGCACAAAAUAGAUGUAAAUGAAGACAAUCAGCAAAAGGCCAUACAAUCACUAUUGCAAAAGUGUUCUGAGCCUAAAAAGUGGAAAUCAUUUGAUGGAAAAAUUACAGAAAUGGACACCCAGUAUACAAUACGUGCCAGAGAACUAUGUGAAAUCUAUAACAGCAUCAACACAAAAUAUUUCAGCAAGGAUGAAAGACUAGACGCACUUUUAACACUUAAGCUUACUGUGAAGGAACAUGACUGCAAGUUAACUCAAGAGAUUGUGGAACUGAUUGACAGAGAAGCUGAUCUUCUGAUGCGUGGGGUAAAAGACAGCAACUUGGCUGGGCUCAGAAAAAGAAUAUCAACACUUUUCCUCCAAUAUAUUAGAAUCCCCACGUUUAACCCUGAGGUUGCCAGAUUGCUAAAGGUUCCACAAGACUCAAAUGUUCUGCGCAAAAACAUACAUUUUUGUCCUAGCUGCAAAAACUAUCUUCCAUCUACAGAGUAUACUCUAUCUGCCAAUGCACGCACUGUGGGUAGAUGUCGCAAAUGUUCUAAAUUAGACAAUGAAGCUCGCCAAAGAGAAGAAUUUUCAAAAUAUAAAAUUCUAUUUAAUCAUAUCAGAAAGUCUGAGAGUGAAUAUGAUGACGGAGCUAGAAUUGCAUUCUUGCUGCAGCAACAAGAUCUCCAGUAUCUGGUUGAGAAUAUCUGGGCUUCUCAGUCUGCACUCAGUGCCUGUGAUGACCUGUACAACUUGGUCAUGGUGAGAUGGGACAAAUACUUUGAAUGGUCGCCAUGGAACUGUAUUUUGCUUACAAAAGAUGAGGCAGCAUCGCAUCUAAAACUUGUGAAUGCUGAACAGGCGUAUGGUAUUGUUUUUAUUCACAAGAUCAAGCACAGGCAUACUCUUGCCAAGAACCAUUUUUCACAGAUUCCAGAGAUGGCACCAUUCCUGCGAGGAGAGACGUCCAAUCACGUGUCCACAUAAACUUCUUCUUUUGUGUCAGUUUAAAUCUCCAGUAUGU